AUGCAGCAGCAGCUCAACAUCUCCAACAUCAGCUCCAUUGUGCAGGCCUCGCUUGAGAUGCAGGUGACCAGUGCCAUGCUGGGUCUCUGCUUUGCCCUUGGGGUGCCAGGGAACCUGGUGGUGGUGGUCGUCCUCAGACGCGGACUGGCGGGAGGAAGCUUCACGCUGUGGCUGAUGCUGAACCUCGCCGUGUCAGACCUGCUCACUCUGCUCACUCUGCCUGUGUGGAUCACCACUCUGCUUCACGGCUGGACUUUAGGCUCGGUGCCCUGCAAACUUCUCUCCUACCUGGUGUACUGGAGCCUCUACACCAGCGUGCUGUGUGUUACUCUUCUUAGCGUGCAGCGCUACGUCCAGGUGCUCUAUCCACAGCGUUGGGCUGAGCUCAAGUCUGUGUGGCGCAGAUCUCUGCUGGGACUCGUGUGGGCUCUUGGAGCCAUUCUGUCAUCUCAUGCUCUGGUUCAAAGAGAAGUGAGAUUGAAGAGGGAUGGGUUUCCCCGCUGCCUGGAACACUACAGGUGGUUUGGGGAGCAGGUGUUCACGCUCCUGAUGGAAAGCCUGCUGCUGUUCGUAGUGCCGUUCUCCAUCCUGGCUUCCCUGUACGCCGCCCUGCACCGAAAGGUCAAGCAGACCACUCGUUCAGGUCACAGAAGAAUGAAGAAGUUGGUGAUCAGCAUCAUUGUGGUGUUCUUCAUCUUCUCCAUUCCAAUACACCUCAACAAUAUGCUUACCAUCGUGGCAGUUUCUUGGGGAUCACAUGACCUCCUGCAGUUGUCAAAGGUCACUGGGGGUAUCAGCGGGGCACUAACCUUCAUCAACAGCUGUGUGAACCCAUUCCUGUAUGCUUUCUCCCAUCGGGCAUUGCGUCAGUCCAAAGCCAAGACUCUGAAUCCUGCACUCAGUCUAAACAGCACAUCUGUGCUAGAGGGAACCAGAUCCUCCACUCUGUAG